CCCUCAGUGCAUGAGGUUGGUGUUUGCCCAAGAGCCACCCAGCACCCGCACUGACCCCCAAGGCAGCGCCGGGAGCCAUGUCGGGUUCCUAUGACGAGUCGGCAGCGGCCGCGGAGGAAACAACCGACAGCUUCUGGGAGGUGGGGAACUACAAGCGCACGGUGAAGCGGAUUGACGAUGGGCACCGGCUCUGCAAUGACCUCAUGAACUGUGUGCACGAGCGGGCCAAGAUCGAGAAGUCCUACGCCCAGCAGCUCACCGACUGGUCCAAACGGUGGAGGCAACUCAUCGAGAAAGGUCCCCAGUAUGGCAGCCUGGAGAAGGCAUGGGGUGCCAUCAUGACAGAGGCAGACAAGGUGAGUGAGCUGCACCAGGAGGUGAAGAACAGUCUGCUGAACGAUGACUUUGAGAAGGUCAAGAACUGGCAGAAGGAUGCCUACCACAAACAGAUCAUGGGAGGCUUCAAGGAGGCCAAGGAGGCUGAGGAUGGUUUCCGGAAAGCCCAGAAGCCCUGGGCCAAGAAGCUCAAGGAGCUGGAGACAGCCAAGAAAGCCUACCACCUGGCAUGCAAGGAGGAGAAGCUGGCAAUGACCCGGGAAGCCAACAGCAAAGCAGAGCAGUCCAACACCCCCGAGCAGCAGAAGAAACUCCAGGACAAAGUGGAAAAGUGCAAACAAGACGUUCAAAAGACUCAGGAGAAGUACGAGAAGGUGCUGGAUGAGCUGAACAAGUGCACUCCACAGUACAUCGAGAGCAUGGAGCAAGUCUUUGAGCAGUGUCAGCAGUUUGAGGAGAAGAGGCUCAACUUCCUCAAGGAAGUGCUCCUGGACAUCAAGAGGCACCUGAAUCUGGCUGAGAGCAGCAGCUACGCCAACGUCUACCGGGAGCUGGAGCAGACCAUCCGCCUCUCGGAUGCGCAGGAGGAUCUCCGGUGGUUCCGCAGCACCAGUGGCCCUGGGAUGCCCAUGAACUGGCCCCAGUUUGAGGAGUGGAACCCGGACCUGACGCACACGAUAAGAUUCGAGGGAGUGGGGAGCGGCGUGAGCAGCCAUGACCGUGGGCAGACCUACAGCGCCGAGUGGUCUGAUGAUGAAGGCAGCAACUCCUUCAACACCAGUGAGGCCAACGGUGGCACCAACCCCUUCGACGAGGAGUCGGUGGGGAAGGGUGUGCGGGUGCGGGCUCUGUACGACUACGAUGGGCAGGAGCAGGAUGAGCUCAGCUUCAAAGCAGGUGAUGAACUAACCAAGCUUGGUGAAGAAGACGAACAAGGAUGGUGCAAAGGGCGCUUGGACAACGGGCAGUUAGGUCUCUACCCCGCCAACUACGUGGAGGCAAUCUAAGUCUUGUGGUGUGCUCCUCAUCGCUGUCAGCAGAUAAAUCCACCCUCCGUUGUCUCCAUCUCUCCACCAGCCAACCAGCCAUUUUGCCGUCUGGUCCUUCACUCCUCACACUUAGAGAUUCAGACAUAUUUUUCCGACCAAGCUUUUAUUUUUUUAAGAGUUGUCUCCGAAGAGUAUUUUGCAUAGUUGCUUUCUUCUUCUAAGAUAAGGUGAAGCGAAGGAUGACGUUGCCCAUUC